AAGAUGCCAACGACGACAGGUUUCCCUGCCUUGCCGCAAAUAACGGGUGAUUUGAUACUGGAGGCGUUCUCACAUGAGUCGCUCAACUUGGACUACCAUCCAGAGAACUCCACAGACAAUGGGAGACUCAUCGAAUUAGGUGGCACAAUGCUAGAGUUCGUAGCUACACGAUUUCUAUAUGCAAAGAAGCCGAUUGUGCGCGCUUCAGACAUACCUUCUCUGAGGGAUGGAAUACUGUCCUUGGGGAAUUAUGAGACUUGGGUGUCUCAUUAUAAUUUACGUCAGAGACUGCGCUACACUCAUUCUGAUACUCUUGAUGUCAGCAGUCCUGAGGAAACCAGAAGCCUUUUCCGGGCUUACGUUGGAGCAGUAGUCGUGCAGUCUGGCCCACAGAUAGCAAUGGACUGGAUCGCAAAGCUGAUUGAUCCUGAGGUCAAAAUACUCUCCGAGGAUGACGUAUCCCGAGAGAUGUACCAGGAAAUUGAACAACGACGAGCGAAUAAGAGGCAGCGAACAGAGGCAGCAUCGCCUGUAGCGGCGCCUCCGCCCAUGCCACCUACUCCUCCACCAUCGACAACCAGUGUUUCUACCUCAAUUCCAGUACAAUCCAGCGCAGUACAAGCUAGUAUUCCUGACACCGCAGCGGCUGCGCACCCAAUAAUAGAGUCACAGGCAACUCCUAGUAGAUCGGUUGCAAAAUUCCUACCGCUGUUUAAUCAGCGAUGUUCACAGAAUCAUCUUACGGUCCAGUAUCAGGCUUCCAACCAUGCUUCUCCUCAUGCUCCACUCUGGAUAAUCACAUGUCUCGUGAACGGAGUGCAAAAGGGUGAAGGUCGGGGCUCAAGCAAACAAAUUGCCAAAGAAGCUGCAGCGCAACAGGCUUACUAUGCCAUGGGCUGGGACAUGUACGGACUACCUAGCUGAACGGAAAAAGUUCUUUAUUAUUCAUUUUCAAAAUUUCAGCACAAUCCACGCGAUUUCUCUCAA